UAACAAUUUUAGAAAAUUUUGGUUAAAUAUUUUUUGGUCAUGCAAGUUUAUAUGAUUUCUGAAUAGGGAGUUGAAAGGGCAAAGCUAGUUUAAAUGUUUUGUAAUCAAAACGACCUGGCAUCGCGCCAAUGUAUUCCAGAAAUAAACCGUGUGAAUCGCGUCCGACGUUUAUAUAAAAAUCACGUAAAACCGCAUUUUAUAUUGUACAUAUGAUAAAUGGAGCGGCAGCAUAACCUGCAUUCCAGCAUCCAUGGCUCCUUCAGGAGUAAGGACUCUUCCUCAACGGUUGAAAGUGAUCCGCGAGAAAAAAUCAAAGAUUGUCUUCGAAAAUUUAUAGCAUUUAUGUUUACUCAAGUGGGUGUUGGCGCCCUUGUCGUGUGCUAUGCGAUAUUAGGUGCUGCAAGUUUCAUGCACAUUGAGAAAGACAGUCCAGAUGAACAGCUGGAAAAUGUUAUUCAGUGGAGGCAAAAUUGUGUAGAGCAGCUGUGGAACAUCACAAAUAAAUACAAUGUCUUAAACUACACAGCUUGGAUGUCUAAUAGUAACCGAGUUUUAAAAGACUUUCAAAACAACAUCACAAGUGCAAUACAUUUGGGAUAUAACGGCCGUUCUUCAGAAGAUAUAUGGUCAUUUCCAGCAGCACUUAUGUACUCACUGUCAGUGUUCACUAUGAUUGGGUAUGGCAAUGUUGUACCUAAAACUGUUUGGGGAAAGAUAGUAACCAUUGCAUAUGCUUGUUUUGGAAUUCCGAUUUAUGUACUUUAUUUCUGUAACAUGGGUAAAGUCCUGGCUAAGACUUUCAAAUGGUUAUAUAUCACAGCUCAUGAAUGUAGUCGAAGAGAAGAUCCGUUGCUUGAGGAUGGAGAAAUACAACCCAUUAAGAAGAAGAUAACUGUCCCAUCGACAGCUUGUCUCUGGGUGAUUUCAUUUUACAUAUUGACCGGGACAAUUAUGUUUGGUGCUUGGGAGAAAUGGAACUAUCUAGACUCGACAUAUUUCUGUGUGAUUAGUUUAUGUAAGAUUGGUUUUGGUGACUUUGUACCUGGAGCGAAUAUAGCUGAUUCUGCUGAAGGUUCUCACUUGAAGCUUGUAAUAAAUUUUAUAUAUGUUUUGCUCGGUAUGGGAUUAGUAGCCAUGUGUUAUAAUCUAAUGUGUGAAGAUGUUAGGGUUAAAGUGCGAGAGCUGAGAGAAGAUUUAAAGAAUUGUUUAGAUGAUAUUACUCUAAAAAUAACUGUUUGCAUGAAUGAUACAAAAUAUUAUCACCAGAGACAGACUAGAAAUAUAAAAUGAUUGAAACAGAUACACAAAUAUUUUAUGUUCUUUGCUAUAGUUCAUUAGUGUUUUUUGGAUUUGUAUUUAUAAAAUAGACAGCUAAACCAAAGAUGUUCUAGUUUUUUAUAAUGGUGAUCUGUUAGGCGGUAGUUUUAAAAAGUAAUAUAUUUGGUUGUGAUCAUUACAAAUAUUUCAGUAUUUU